UAUCUUUUUCACUAUCAAACAAAUCCAACGAAGCGUUCUUAAGUUGAGAUUUGAGAUAUGCCAGUCUUUUUGAAAAAAAAUUAUGCCACAUUUUUCAGCAAAAUGAAGCUUAGUUUCCUCGAUCACUUAUCAGUUCCCAACCACAUGAGAAACCAAGCUAGUAAUAUAUGUCAACAAUUUCUAAAACCAUAACGAAUAUAUGCCUCUUCAAAACUCAAACAUGCACAACUAUAUAAUAAGACAGUACUUACCCUCAUCGUUACUAACGUAUAACCAUAAAACAGUUCUAAACAUCAACCAUAAGACACAUAACUACAUGAGCAAAAUUACCAAUUAAAGAUUUUAUAUGUAUUUAAGUUUGGUAUUUUCGGACGUGUAAGUUUUUUUUAUCAAAGUUAACAAGUUCUUACCCAACACUCUUUCAGUAAUUUUGGUAUUUCCAAAAUUCUUUCAAGUAAUUACACUUAAUAAAGGAACACGUAUUGCAUCAUGUAUACGCAAACAUCAAUGUAUCCCCACUUGUCUCUAAAAUUCACCUUAAGCUUUUUAAGCUGUAGAAAAAUUAUUUAAAAGGUAGGAGUAUUAAACUUCUCAAACAAAAUUCAACGGUGAUGUAGAACCCACUGAAAAAUUCAUAGCUGUCGUUUCCUCAUCCAUCAUCAUGUUCUCUUAUAUAAUCCCCUUUUACAAUCUACACUUCAUUCUCAAGCAUCUUACUUAUUUCAUUAUUUUUUCUUAACCCCAAAAACAAACACACAAACAAAAAACAUAAUAAUAUGGAUCUUCUCCUUCUCAUAUUAUGCAUCCUUGUCUCUUAUCUUUUCUUCAAGAUCUGGAAACUCAAAGACUCAAAAAAAGACAAAGAUUGCUACAUCUUAGACUAUCAAUGUCAUAAACCAUCAGACGAUAGAAUGGUGAGUACUCACUUCAGCGGAGAAAUCAUUCACCGAAAUAAAAACCUCGGUUUAGAGGAAUACAAGUUCCUUCUCAAAGCCAUCGUGAGCUCAGGGAUCGGUGAACAAACCUACGCUCCGAGACUCGUCUUCGAAGGCAGAGAAGAGCGUCCUACGUUGCAAGAUGGGAUCUCGGAGAUGGAAGAGUUCUACGUAGACACCAUCGGAAAACUCCUGGAGAGACAGCAAAUCUCACCUAAAGAAGUCGACAUCCUCGUAGUCAACGUCUCCAUGCUCACCUCAAUGCCUUCUUUACCGUCAAGAAUUAUAAACCAUUACAAGAUGAGGGAAGACAUCAAAGUCUUCAACUUAACCGGGAUGGGAUGUAGCGCGAGUCUAAUCUCUGUAGACAUUGUCAAGAACAUAUUCAAAAGCUACCCAAACAAAUUAGCUCUCGUUGCUACCUCCGAGUCUUUGAGCCCUAAUUGGUAUAGCGGAAACAACCGUUCGAUGAUUCUAGCCAACUGCUUGUUCCGGUCCGGUGGUGCUGCCAUUCUCUUGACUAACAAACGUAGCUUGAGAAAAAAAGCAAUGUUUAAGCUCAAGUGUUUGGUACGGACUCACCAUGGAGCUAGAGAGGAGUCUUACAACUGCUGUAUCCAGUCCGAGGACAAACAGGGUCGUGUAGGGUUUUACUUGGGGAAGAAUCUACCAAAGGCAGCCACUCGCGCUUUGGUAGACAAUCUGAAGGUUAUAGCACCCAAGAUUCUUCCUGUUACCGAGCUCUUGAGGUUCAUGGUAAAGCUUUUCAUCAAGAAAAUCAAGAUGCAUCAAAACCCUAGCAAGGGCUCCACGAAUCUCCCACCGGGGACUCCUAUAAAGGCAGGGAUCAAUUUCAAGACCGGGAUUGAACAUUUUUGCAUUCAUACCGGAGGAAAAGCUGUGAUUGAUGGGAUCCAACAUAGCUUGGAUUUAACCGACUAUGAUAUUGAACCGGCGAGGAUGACUCUUUACAGGUUUGGGAAUACCUCGGCUAGUAGUUUGUGGUAUGUGUUGGCUUACAUGGAGGCUAAGAAGAGACUGAAGAGAGGAGAUAGGGUGUUUAUGAUAAGCUUUGGAGCUGGUUUUAAGUGUAAUAGUUGCGUUUGGGAAGUUUUGAGAGACCUCACCACUGGAGAAUCAAAAGGGAAUGUGUGGAAUCAUUGCAUUAAUGAUUAUCCACCUAAAUCGAUUUCGAAUCCUUUUACAAAGAUGUAUGGUUGGCUUCAAGAUGAAGAUCCUGAUACUUUCAAGAUCCCUGAGACUUUUAAGAUCCCUGACGAGUAUAUGUAAAACGUUUCCACACAGAAACGCAUACGCAAAAACAACACAAAGGUGACAAUAUUCUCUUUUUUUUCCCUUUAAUUUGUGUUAAUUUGAAUGAGCUUGGAAAGGAUAUAUGAGUGCAUGUAACAGAAACUUUGGUUACGUAUUGCUUGAUAUAAUUUUUUGGGUUAUAAUUUGUUAAUUCCACACUGUUAAAGAAUUUCGGGGGAGUGCACCUCCAAUACGAUGAGAAUUUUUCUAAUUUGUCAUCCGAUUGGAAUGUUGUCCUCUUUUUCUUGCGUCAAAAGUCGUAUCAUUUUAAUAAAUUUUUGUAUUAUGUUCAUUUUGCACUUUAAUUUGUAAUAUUGUUUCGCAUUUACUGAACUUUGUCAAUGUAAUUCAUUCUACUCUUCCUUUUACGUGAUUGUAAAUUUUCAA